AUUUGCCGAAACUCGCCAAGUCCUUCUUUUCCUCAGAUAUUUUUAGCGUUUCCGGAGCCGCAGCUUCCGUAACCGCCAUCCAUCCUUUAUAAAUGCAUCGAGAGAUAUUUUGCUUCUUUCGUUGUGCUAAAGCAUGAGCCCUCAUAUGUGACUGCACAUGUCUGGUUUAUUGCUUUAAGUAAGUCCAUGUGCUUUGUAUUUUGGUGGGUGGUUCGAGGCUGAUCGCAUUCGGUGACGUUAAUGGAGGCUGAUGUUGAUACAGUGAGUUCCUCAUCACCAUCUUACUACAGCAUUCUCGGUGUCGAUUCGGAUUCUUCUCUCGAAGAAAUAAGGCGCGCUUAUCGCAAGCUUGCAAUGCAAUGGCAUCCGGAUCGGUGGACGAGAACACCAACCCUACUGAGUGAAGCAAAACGAAAGUUCCAAGAAAUUCAGGAAGCCUACUCAGUGUUAUCGGACGAAAGCAAAAGAACCAUGUACGAUGCAGGCUUAUACGAUCCCCAAGAAGAAGAGGAUGAGGAGUUUUAUGACUUUGUGCAAGAGCUAAAGACGCAAGUGAGCAGAGAGGAGAAGGAAUAUAGCAUAGAGGAGUUGCAAAGUAUGCUGAUGGAAAUGGUUCAAGGAUUCGAGAAUCCUUCAUGGCAAUUUGGAGCCUCACCGGUGGAUGAGGAGAGCCAGUGCUCAAAGAGGGCUCGCCUGGACUCGAACUUGAAGAUGAACUUAGGGUCACCUUUCUAUGAGCCUGGGCUUCACUUGUUUGAAACGAGGGGCUUCUGUAGUUAGGAGUUCAGAAUCAUUGGUUCUGCUUCUUAAUGUUGUAAAAUUCAGAACUUUUGGCAGCUUGAUGUUUUUGGCUUGAGGGAUGCAUCAAAAAUUUGUAUUGUGACGUGGGCCCGUGUUUCUGUUGUAUGUGCUGUAUUUUGUUUUGGGACGUGAAGGUGGGCUUCGGAAAUGGACACUUAUUGUGGGCUCAUGGGAGAGUUCAUUUCUUUAGUUUGAUGACUCUUGUCUUAAUAGUGAAAGUCAGUGGGUUUGAAGGGCAUUCAAGAAGUAGCUACAUGGGCCGAGAAAAAGAAGUGAGGAAGUUGGAGAAAGCAAAUGAUGGAAGAUGGGUGGGAGUGUGGAAUAGUCAAAGAAAGUGACUUAUGUGUGAAGGGAAGGAGGGGGAGGAAGAGUCCUCCGAAUAUGAGGAGGGAAGGAAGGACAGUGUGAGAUGUAGCGCUGCGUUGUAUUAUUAUCAUUAGGGCCGUCCAUGUUGUGUAAAUUAUUUACUUCAUGACACGUAUUGAUGUUUGUUUGCUUCUGUCAACUUCCAGCCUCA